AUGGAGAGCCUCCUGCGUGACCUCGGGGACGCGCGCGACGCCUGUAACAACCUGCCUUUUGACGAUGCGCUGCGCGACAAGAUAGCUACCGAACUGGAUCGCAUCGAGGCUGCUCCGCCUCUCGAGCGCUGUUGGCUGCGCUCACCGCCAUGCUGCGCGUCGUCGACCGCCUCCCGGCUCGGGGGCCAAGCCAAGGGCGUUGGGCUCGGCGGCGAUGUUGGAGGGGCGACGGACGCUUGCGUCCUAACCUCCAACAACGCCUCCCCGGCGCAGAGGGGCCCCCGGAGGGAUGCACAACCGACCCACGCCACGCCGCUUGCGGCGGUCCUCUUCCCAGCUCCGCUGAGGGACCGCGCAAAGGCCAGCAAGGCAACCGCACUAGCGCAGCAACGGUGGCUGGCUGGCGAUGCCGACUGGAAAAAUGCCGAGGAGUCGUCCACCUUUGCGCGGAACUGCGACCUCAGUCAGACACACCUGGUCAAGGCGGCCGAUGCAAAGUGGACCUCCUCCUCCCACUGCUUUCAGUGCGCUCUCAACACCGUGCAUGAGUGCGACGAUUUUGGCGACGACAUACACACCUUCCCAGACAUUCGCAGGAAGUGGCUGUCUGCUCAAGUGAGCGGGAGCGUUCACUAUCCGCGCGUCCGCUACAUUGUGGACUAUCCGCCAAACACGCCGCGACUGCCCUACCAUGACCACCCCGGCGGCGAGGAGUACAUCGUCUUUACCGGCCGCUUCGCGGACACAAACUUUGCGCAGGCCUCCGCCGCCGUGCCGCCACCGCCUCGACCGCCAUCCUCAGCCGGCGCCCACCCCGCCGCAGGGCGCACCGAGAUCCUCACCUGGUGGGGCUUGAUGCAAGCCACCUCCGCCACCGAGUCUGCGCAGCACGUGGCGCUCUGCCCACGCCUCCUCGUUCCACGGCAGCGCGAGGCCAGCUGGAUCGACGGGCCACGGCGUGGGUGGGCCAUCAGCAAGGACGGGCUCGAGACGCGGAUCGAGCGCUGGGCACCACACGCGGAGAAGGCGCGCCUCCCAACGCCGAAGGCAGGACCUAUCAAGGAGAUCUACCUGCUGCGCGGGUCGCUAUCGGCGGCGCAGCGCGUGGAGGGUGCCACGGCGGGCGAGGCGUUGGGUCUAUUGGCGGAGGGAGAUUGGAUCUGCUUUGCGCACGAGGUCUCGCAGGUGGAUGCCGCCGCCGGGCCCGACGGCGCGACGUUGCUCGUCAAGGAGCUGCUGCCCUACGACAGCUGGCGGCGGCACGUGCUGCAGGACGUCAGGCAAUCCUGGCACAGCUGGUCGGAGCCACCUUCGCUUCUCACGAUCGCGAUCGACCUCCACUGUGGAGGAGGGGGGGAGUGUUGCGCCCGGCAGUAG